CACGGUCCAAAUGGUGUGAGCUGCUGGAGGAAGUCAGAAGUCAGCCCGCGAGUGACACAAAUCUUGUACUGGAAUCACUUGCUGAUCUGGUUUUGUUUAUGAUGUAGGCAAAGUUGAUCACAGCAUCUCACCCGUUCCUCUGGAAGAAGAUGGCCAUGGCAGCGGAGGACCCUCACCUGGGUUCUGGCCCCGACGAGGAGGAUGAUAUUGAGUCAGAGUCAGAUUCGGACAGCAUCCUCUCGGAUGACUCGGUGCUUCCAGACUACAGCCGAGAAACGACAAAUGGAAGAGCAGCCACAACACUUUACCAAGCAUGUGCCCGUAAUGAUGCCAUCGCCUUGGAGCGGAUCCUGCAGAGGGGGGUCACAAAAGAGGAGGUCAGAGAGCUGGACAUCAAUAGCUGGAAUGGACUCAUGGUGGCCUGCUGUAAAGGAUUCGUCGACAUCGUUUACGGUCUUCACCACUGUCCCUUCAUCGACAUCAACCACCAGGACAACGAAGGCAACACGGCGCUGAUGAUCGCCUCACAAGCAGGUCACAUCAGCACUGUCAUGUAUCUUCUUAACUACUUCCCGGGUUUGGACACUGAAAUCAGAGAUUGCAGGGGCUUCACAGCGCUCAUCAAAGCGGCCAUGACGGGACGCAAUGAUGUGAUGGCAGCACUCAUUAUGGCAGGAGCUGACAUCAAUGCAGCUGACACCACCAAAGGAAAGGGGGUGCUGGAUUGGGCUCUGAAAACAGGACGAUAUGAAACCGUCUGUCGUUUCCGCCGCCUCAAAAUGCGGCCAAAGGCGGAGCAGUUCUGCGAGAGUUACGUCCCAGAGUGGCCUGACCUCAAAGACAGGGUGGCCAAAGCCACGGCUCAAAAAAGUACCAGAGAGAAAAUCACUCAGCGAAUCAAAACCACAUUUGGAUUUCGAUUGCCUCACGACCCAGAGGACAACGGUGUCAUGGACCACAUGGUUCGCAUCACAACAAGCGUCCACAGCCCUCUGAUUUCAACAGGUUGCCGUCCACUGUGCCCAACAAGCCCUCCUGAAGUAGGACGGAGGCGUCUUGCCGUGCCAGAGCUGGUGAUGAAGCAUUCGCAGAAGGACCUGGAAGAGAGCUCAGUGUGCCACAGCAAUGGUUCUGUGUCACACAUCACUCCCUCCAUCAUCUCAUCCGAGUCCAUUCCUGCCACAUGCUGCACUGACACAGACAGGAGAGGCAGCAUCCUUUCAUUAGCCUCCACCAAAGUCGCUACAACUUUCAUCCCCCGCAGCAUGGCCAGAAGAAACAGCGUGUUUCCCUCCGGCUGUAUCCCUCAGAUCAGCAUUAACCGGCCGACGGAGGCGACACCGAAGAAAACUAAAAAGAAGAAGAUGGACCACGGAUAUCUGGAGCCUCCCAAGUGGCGAUACAAGGAGAUUAAGGAUGACAAAAAGAAAGAGAAAAACAAAUCUGAGUCAGACACCAAAGCCAAAGAAAAGAAGGAUAAAAAACACAAAAAGAAGGCAUAGACACUGAAAAGAGAGGAGCAGUAAUUCCCAGUGAAAGCUUGAUGAUUCCACAGGAACUUACAAACCAAGAUUUGGGAAUAUUUCCCCUUCCUCACUACAGUAGCCUCAAGCCCAUAUUGUAAAAUACCUAUACUAGGUGGCUUUCACAGGUGUUUUUUUUUUGGUAUCUACCUCAUGGCCAUAUGUGAAGUACCUCCACAUUUUGAUGGCACAUGUAAAUAUAGAAAGUUGUACAAUAGAGCCAAAUUGAAUUGACACCUUUUUUCUGGUUUGUGAAUGGCUCAAUGGCACUCGGUUUUUCCGAAAUACAUCUUCAUUAAGGACGUCAUGUUUCCACGUGGCUUUUAAUCACACACAUGUUUUUAGAAUAUUAU